UAAUCGGGUAAAUAGUCACAGCUCGCUACAUACCUAUAGUGGUUUAUUGUAAACGAAAAUAAACUAUUAGUUUGAAUAAUGUAUUAAAAUUAUUUUAAUAAUAAUGAAAAGUUAUACAAAAUUACAAUGUUUUUUAACUGUGUUUUUAUUAUGUUUUGUGAAUUUAGGAUACAAUGCACGGACACUAGUAUUAUAUGAAGGUGAUAUUUGUGGGCACGGCGAUGGAGAAACUUCCAACUACAUUUGUCGGAAUUGGGAAAAUUGUCCAGUUCCAAUCGAAGAACUUACGAGAAAUAUUUACCCUUUAUGCUCUUUCAACGGAAUAACUCCAAUAGUUUGUUGUCCGCCAGAAAAAAAUAUCCUUAAUCAAUUUACUAUCACAACGAUUAAACCUGAAAGCAUAAGUCCAAUUUCGAAAACAUCUGCUGCCACGGAAAAGUGUAGAAAGUAUUCGGAAUUAAUUAAUAUUACAAUAAUAGACCCAGUAUUAUCUUUAUCAAAAAUGUAUCACAAUAUAACAGAUUGCUACGAAGCCGAACUUUUAAUUAGUGGCGGGGAAAUGGCUAAACCAAAGGAAUUUCCUCACAUGGCUCUGUUGGGUUUUGGUGAAAACCCAGACAAUGAAUCAUGGUUUUGUGGAGGAUCACUAAUAAGUAAUAGAUUCGUACUAACAGCAGCUCACUGUGAAAAAACCGGUGAUAUUAAUCCGUCAUAUGCGAAAUGGGCUCGCCUAGGUGAACUAGACUAUAACUCAAAAACUGCCGAUGCCAGACCUACAGACUAUAAAAUAGAAGAACGCAUAAUACAUCCAAAUUACAAAUCACGUUCUCUGUACAAUGAUAUAGCAUUGUUUCGGUUAGAAAGAGAUGUACAUUUCUCGGCAUAUGUACGACCUAUUUGCCUAAAUACAGAUAAUACAUUAACACCUCCAGCAAUAAUAGCCACAGGUUGGGGAAAAAGAAACAUGGCUUCACGUCUUAGCUCACGUUUAUAUAAAGUGCAGUUAAACAUUAUUCCGGCAGAGCAGUGCAAUAAUAGUUUCUCAUACAUAUCAAACAUAAAUAAUAUAUUAGCAAAAGGAAUAGUUGAAAACUCAAUGUUGUGUACUGGCAAUGCAAAAGGUGUAGAGGACACUUGUAAAGGCGAUUCAGGUGGGCCAAUUCAAAUAAAACACAAUAGUUACAAAUGUAUGAAUUUACAAAUAGGAAUAACAUCAUUUGGACAAAAUAUGUGUGGGCAUAGAGAUUCGUCUACUGCUUAUACACGAGUAUCGAAUUAUAUUUCAUGGAUUGAAAGAAUUGUCUGGCCAAAAAUGUAAUAACAAGUUGACCAAUAAAAUAAUAAAGCAUAGAUUUGAGUUAAAUGUUAAUAAUCUACAUUUUAAAGUUUGAAACUGUAUAAUUAUAUUCAUAAAGAAAAUUUUUUUUUAAUUGUUUGUAUCAACUGUGCAUUCUGUUAAUAUUUUUAGGUUUACACUUCAAUAUUGCCUGUAGAUACCUAUAAUAAUAUCUAACAUAUAAAUAAUGAAAAACGAAAAUAUAUGUAUUUUAUUUUAUUUAUUUA